AUGAAUCCGCUUCUUCUGACUCUUUUCCUUGCAAGUCUGCAGCUCUACAACGGCGCAGUCACUUCAGCUGCAGGUUUUAAAUGUCAUAACUCGCUAAUUUCUGACAAAUGGAGGAAAGAAAUCCAGGAUCUUGUCAAUGGUUUCCGUCGAAAAGUAGCGAAAGGACAGCAACUAGGUAAAGACGACGCGAAACUGCCAACGGCUCAGUAUAUGAAUCAAUUGACAUGGGAUUGCAAUAUAGAAGCAGAAGCUCAGGCUGCUGCUGAGAACUGCCUUUCUUCACCUAAAUUGCCCACGUUCCAAGACAGCAACUAUAAACUCGGCUCUAUAAUUCUGAAGGACACAGUUAAAGCUAACAACUGUGACGCUACCAGAAAAGCAAAAGAAUUGCUGACUAAAGAAUGGGAAGCCGCAGUUGCAAACCAGGCGGAUGAGAAAGUAGCGAACGAUGCUAAAGCGUUUGCUCAGCUUGCUUACGAGAAAGUCGAUGCAUUCGCAUGCACAUACCAAAUUUGCCAGUCCACAAACUACAAUCUCCUAUGCUUCUUCAACCAGAAUCCACCCGCUGUAGGUAGUGAUGUCUAUACAAAGGACCCUAAGUCUCCUUCCUUCUGCAGUAAUAGGACCGCCUGCCGCACUUGCGUAGAUGGACUUUGCGAAACAAGUGUCAAACCAGGUCGUCCCGCACUCUUCAAGAGCACAUUUUGCGGUACCGGUACGAAAGCCUGCAAAGGUGUGUUUUCGGACAAUUUUAGGCGUACUGCACUGGAAAUGCACAACUACUACAGACGCCUCCUUGCUACAGGAUGGGCGAAGUCUGGUGAAAGCUAUGCAAAACCAGCAACAAAAAUGAUUGAAUUGCAAUAUGAUAAAGCCCUUGAAGCCGAUGCUGUGAAGAAGAUUAAAGACUGCAAAGCUAGUUUAAGCACUGCUGUCAAAGAAAACUUCUGGAGCACAGAUGUCAGCACAUCCAACAAUAUUGGUGAAGACGCCAUUAAGAAGGCAGUGGCUAAAUGGUGGAAGCCUUCUGGAAACAAAGCUUUUGGAGAGAACCGCAAAAAUACCAAAGGUCUCAUGUCUGCCGCAAACAUAGCAUAUGAUGAAGCCACCAAGGUCGGCUGCGCUAUAGAUGCUGGAGAAGCUUGUCUGAAACUCGGAAAACUAUAUAUUCUGUGCAAAUAUGACAAUUCACCUGCUAUAGGUGAUGAGAUCUACGGAGCUGGAAAUAAGGCGUGUUCGAAGUGCGUUACUACCGGUACCCACCGGUCGUGCUCUCCGUUGGGUGGAUUGUGCGUUUAA